AUGUCACGUCUGCCGCCUCGGACUCGUGGCUCGCGCAGCGCCGAUGGAACGACUGCUUCUCCGAGUCCGCAUGAUGACGAAGAUCGCGUUUGGGAGCUGUUUGAGAAAAGCGACGCCGAGGAGUUCAAGAGAGUAAGGGACGACUAUAUGGAAAAGACAGCGGGCGCUUCCAGCGGUGCUGCCUCCUCACUGGUUAAGCAUCCAAUUGCAAGAACAUUUUUUGAGGAGACGGACACGUCUCAGUGCUUUCAAGUUCGUCUUGCCAAAAAUACGACUGCCGAAGUUCGUCCGGGAUGCAUUGUUGCGCUCGCUCCAAAGAUACAGGACAACGCCGCAGAGGAGCCUGGAUUUUUUCUCCUGGUGACUGAUCUCAUCUACGAGGACGACGCAACACCCGAAGAAGAAGAAGCAGCCGAUGAAGAAGAGACAGAGCAAGAGCAAAAGCGGGGCGUCAGAGCCGUCAGUGGGGUCUAUCUUGAGAGUUUAAAAUACAUGACAGCGGCGCUGAAGCAGAAUAAAAUAUGGGGCAAAGACAAAAUUUCGGAGUUCAUAGGGUCCAUGUCCGGGAAACCCUCAUGGUUCAUAACCAAUGAGCGGGCUGAGAUUGAUGUCGAACUUAUCAUCGGGGUGCCCUCCGACGCCCAAUUAAGUGCACUCGGCAUCGAAGUUUCAUCGGACGCUCGUCUGCUUCCAAAGCAACGCAAGGAUGGGAAACGCCAGUAUCAAAUCGAUUUGUUCACUGGUACACCAGAGGUGUGA